AACGCAAACCAAUGCUUGGAUAAUAUAAGCACGAAAACAGAACGCAAAGCCGCCAAUGGAAAUUAGCUAUCAUCACCAACAUUUUGAUAAAGGUUUGUUCAUAAAACAUGCUUUUUAAAAAUCAAUGAAUUCAUUAACUAGACGACUCUGUUUCGAUCUGUGUCGAGACAAGAGUUUCAAGAACAUUGUCGUCUCCUGAAGAGUAAGAAUCUUGAACUGUUGGUCCCCCUUAAGAACCUUAAAUAUGAAAAUGUUAUCUAAUGAUGAUAAUAAUAUUGAUGAUGAUUGAUGACAGUGAGUUAAUGAUAAAUAAGAAGACUUGUCUUUUGUGAUGCAGGAAUCUGUAGCUAUUCCCACAUCAAGAAUCUUCAGUGAAGUCAUUUUAAGAGAUUUUACCGGAAAGUUGAUAAAAUAUUUCGUACGCAGCAAUGGAGAAGAGAGUUGAGAUCAUAGCAAGAGAAAUAAUCAAACCAUCUUCUCCAACUCCAGAUGAUAAGAGAAUUCUCAAUCUUUCUCUUCUUGAUAUCCUCAGCUCACCCAUGUACACAGGAGCACUUCUCUUUUACGCAGCUCAUCCUCUGAACCUUCUAGGUUUUUCGGCAUCCUUGAAGCUCAAGCAAUCUCUGUCUGAAACCUUACCAAUCUUCUACCCUCUUGCCGGAAGAAUCAUGGGAAGUUUCGUUGAAUGUAAUGAUGAAGGAGCUGUGUUUAUAGAAGCUCGAGUGGACCAUCUUCUCUCAGAGUUUCUCAAGUGCCCUGUUCCUGAAUCAUUGGAACCACUCAUUCCUGUUGAAGCUAUGUCAAGAGAAGCUGUUACAUGGCCUGUGCUACUAAUCCAAGCCAAUUUCUUCAGAUGUGGAGGAUUAGUUAUCACAAUCUGCACUUCUCAUAAGAUCACUGAUGCAACCUCUUUAGCGAUGUUCAUCAGAGGAUGGGCUGAGUCAUCAAGAGGUUUGGGGAUUACAUUGAUUCCUAGUUUCAACGCUUCAGAGUUCUUUCCUCUACCUCUUGAUGAACUUCCAUCAAAACCGAUGGACCGCAAAGUCGAGGUUGAAGAAAUGAAUUGUGUAACUAAGAGGUUUGUGUUCAAUGCUUCAAACAUCAAGAAACUCAGAGCCAAAUCUUCAAGCAACCUUGUCAAGAAUCCAACACGUGUUGAAGCAGUCACAGCUCUUUUCUGGAGAUGUGCUACUAAGGCUUCAAGAUCAAGGUCUCCAACACCAAGAACCUCAGUGCUACAGACUCUAGUGAACCUACGAGGAAAGGUAAAUUAUUUGAGUGAGAACACAAUUGGGAAUAUGCUUUCCCUCAUGAUUCUCAAGAACGAAGAAGCUAAGAUAGAAAGAAUUCAAGAUGUGGUUGAUGAGCUACGACAAGCAAAGGAAAUCUUCGGCUUGAAUUGCAAGGAGAUGUCGAAAUCCUCGUCGAAAAUUUUCGAGCUUUUGGAAGAGAUUGGGAAAGUACAUGGAAGAGGAACUGAGAUGGACUUGUGGAUGAGUAAUAGCUGGUGUAAGCUCGGCAUGUACGAGGCCGAUUUCGGAUGGGGAGGGCCGGUUUGGGUGACCGGAAGAGGCACUUCCAAUUUCAAGAACUUGAUGUUGUUGAUUGAUACCAAAGAUGGAGAAGGAAUUGAAGCUUGGAUCACUCUUACUGAAGAACACAUGUCACUGUUCGAAUGUGAUCAAGAGCUUCUUGAAUCAGCUUCCCUGAAUCCCCCUGUUUUGAUCUAGAUAAGAUAAAGAACUUCAUAUUUAUUUAUAUGAGUUUGAUUGUAAAUUGUGUUGCUUCUUAAAUAAGAAGAGAAGUUUAGUUUCUCUUACUAUAGAUCGUUCUCAAGCAACCAUUAAUUAUGUGCAUGUCAUCAAACAAACACCAAGAAGGAACAAGAAUCGUCGUGUUAGUUGUAAUAGGAUGAAUUAAAAAGAAAAGGUCAUUAGAAGACAUUUAAAGGCUUAGGUGAUCGUCUAUGGAGGAAAUGAGUCAAGAAAGUCACAAAUUAACUCUAAUUGUAGACUAAUGCUUUCACAAGUUCAUUAGAGUUAAUCAUGUUCGAGGUGAUGAUCAAUCUAAACAUACCAAAAAAACAUAAACAACCGAAUUAUAUAUGAAUCACCCCCACACCAGACUAGAUUCAACCCAAACAAACAUACAUCUAGAGGCCUUUUUCAUGGCAAAGAGUAUAUAAAAAAAGAAGCAAUAAGCACAAGAGAAUGAACAACUUAUC